AUGACGGAUAAGGCUAAAAAACUUUUCGAAAAGGACGAGAAAGUGCUAUGCUUCCAUGGGUCGCUUAUGUACAACGCCAAGGUGAUGGAUGUUAAAUUCGAAGACGAUGAGUACCUAUAUUUCAUCCAUUACACUGGCUGGAAUAAAACCUGGGAUGAAUGGGUUAAAGAUUCCCGCAUUUAUAAAGAUGAUGAAGCGGGUAAUAAAUUUAAAGCUGAAGUCGAAAAAUUGGUUAAAUCUCGCAAAAAUCAAAAGGUCCUUCGGAAGUCGGAUUUGAAGAAGAAUCCUGAGCCACCCAUGGAGAUAAUUGAACAGUUAGGACUAUCUCAGGAUAUUUUAAGCGGCAACGAAAGCUUAAAAUCUGAAGAGCAUGAUCGACAGGAACUGCAGGAGGAUAGAGUUUCUGUGAACGAGCCUCCUUUUAAACCAGAUGAAGAAGCUGUUGCACCGCCUAAGUCCGUAAAAUCAUCUACUAAGCGUCGAAAUAGAUCUACUGCAAAGGCCGCCGGCGAAACGGAUGAAGGUUUUCUCCAGCGAUCUCAAAUUAAUGUCAAGUUGCCUGAUUCCCUUAAAGCUUUUCUGGCCGAUGAUUGGGAUCUUGUCACUAAGCAAUCUCGUAUCGUAAACUUGCCAUCAAGAAAGCCAGUCAAAACGGUGCUUGAGGAAUAUCUUGAGUAUUCAAAAUCAAAACCACUGCCAACUGAUCACGACACCUAUAAAAUCACCCAAGAAUAUCGAGAGGAAUUCGCUAAGGGAAUUAAGACCAAUUUUAAUUGCAUUGCGGGCUCACAGUUAUUGUACAAAUUCGAACGUCCUCAAUAUGGCCAAUUAAUGAGGAAUCAUGCUAACAAAGAGAUGAUCGAGCUGUACGGACCAGUGCAUCUUCUCAGAUUUUUAUUGAAACUCAAGGAUAUUAUUACAUUUUUGAAGAAUGACAAGACGUCCCUGGGCCUUAUGGAAGCUCUUGCGGCGGAUUUGGUUGAAUACCUUGAUAACAACCGCAAUGAAUACUUCUCCUUGGAAGACUAUGUUGGUGUGACUCCGGACUACCUCAGAGAGGCUAUGUGUUAA